AUGCUUCGAAUCAAACCAAAUUCUUCCUUUUCUUCACAGCAGUCAGCACGACAAUAUGUGCCAUUGAAACAAGUGAGCAUCGAAGCAUACAUUAAAUCGUUUGCUGCCGAUGUGACUAUCAAACAAAUUUUUUGCAACGAUGACACGAUACCAAUUGAAGCAGUGUACUGUUUUCCGAUAGAAGAACAAGCAGCAAUCUAUUCAUUUAUUGCUCGGAUUGAUGAUCGAGAAAUUGUUGCACAAUUGAAAGAAAAAAAGGAAGCACAAAAAGAAUAUAGUGAUGCACUUCAACAAGAACAUGGUGCAUAUUUACUUGAACAAGAUGAAAAAUCUCAAGAUAAUUUUAUUAUCAAUGUCGGUGCACUACCACCCGGUAAAGAAUGUCACAUCUCUAUAUCGUAUGUCUCCGAACUAGAUCUUAUUCAAAAUGGAAGUCGAAUUCGAUUUGUUGUUCCAACAACUAUCGCACCUCGAUACAAUCCAACCAAAGAUGGCAUCAGUUCACCAACUGGUAUCACGUCCCAAUACGUCCAAACAGUACCAUACACAAUUGAAUUUCAUUGUCGGGUCGAUAAAGUCAACGUCUCUCAAGUUAGUUCGACAUCUCAUCCCAUACAGGUGGAAGUCAGUCAAGAUCAUGUCUAUGUUAUCAAAUUUGUCCAACAAAACAUACAUUUGGGUCGAGAUAUCUUACUAGAUAUCGAAUUAGCUAGCAAUCAUUCAAAUACUAUCGUUGCGGUGGAACCAGGUGCUGUUAUGGCUUCAUUUAUACCAACCGAAGGAGAUUGUAAACGUGCAAUGAAUAAUGUAGAGACGACAAAUGAAUUUAUUUUUCUUAUCGAUUGCAGUGGAUCAAUGGGAAAUGGGAACAAGAUUGGAUUGGCACGUGAAGCCAUGUUACUGUCUCAAAAGUCUUCCAAUGGAUUGCCAUUUUAA